UUAUUAUUAAUCUGCAAUUCACCAAUUAUGCAGCUUCAGAAGACUUGUUCGAAAAGAUUGAUCAUGACUCAAGAUCUCAGAAUGAUUCCUUGCAGGCUUGUCCAAUAUGAAAGAAAUUUCAUGGAAUGAAUCAUUUAAAGACAGUAAGAGUAGAUGAUGAAACCACACUCUGGAAUUUGAAAAGAGACGGGGCUGCUUUAAGAGAGAAACAGGAAGUUGUAACUAGAAGCCAUCUGAAUACUAAGCCAAGACAGAAUGCUCAUGAAGUAGCAACUUAAGUGGCAGUGUUUAUCCCGAAAUCCUCAGGCAGCCAGAUCGUCUUAGACAAACCUUGAUAAAAUAGUCCUUAUCCAGGUUUUUAUCUAAGGAAUCCUGAGAAGACAGAAGAAUGGAGAGACAGCGAAGGUUCAUGUCAGAGAAGGAUGAAUAUCAGUUUCAACAUCAGGGAGCAGUGGAGCUGCUUGUCUUUAAUUUUUUGCUCAUCCUUACCAUUUUGACAAUCUGGUUAUUUAAAAAUCAUCGAUUUCGCUUCUUGCAUGAAACUGGAGGAGCGAUGGUGUACGGCCUUGUAAUGGGAUUAAUUUUACGAUAUGCUACGGCACCAACUGAUAUUGAAAGUGGAACUGUGUAUGAUUGUGGAAAACUGGCCUUCAGUCCAUCAACUCUGCUGAUUAAUAUCAGUGACCAAGUUUAUGAAUAUAAAUACAAGAGAGAAAUAAGCCAGCACAACAUCAGUCCUCACCAAGGCAAUGCUAUACUCGAAAAGAUGACAUUUGACCCAGAAAUCUUCUUCAAUGUUUUACUGCCACCAAUUAUAUUUCAUGCAGGAUAUAGCCUAAAGAAGAGACACUUUUUUCAAAACCUUGGAUCUAUUUUAACAUAUGCCUUCUUGGGAACUGCCAUCUCCUGUAUCGUCAUAGGGUUAAUUAUUUAUGGCUUUGUGAAGGCUAUGGUAUAUGCUGACCAGCUGAAAAAUGGAGACUUUCAUUUCACUGACUGUUUGUUUUUUGGUUCACUGAUGUCUGCUACAGAUCCAGUGACGGUGCUGGCCAUUUUCCAUGAACUGCAUGUUGACCCCGACCUGUACACACUAUUGUUUGGGGAGAGUGUGCUGAAUGAUGCAGUCGCCAUAGUCCUUACAUAUUCUAUAUCCAUUUACAGUCCCAAGGAGAAUCCAAAUGCAUUUGAUGCUGCAGCAUUCUUCCAGUCCGUGGGGAAUUUCCUGGGGAUCUUUGCCGGCUCAUUUGCAAUGGGGUCUGCGUAUGCUGUUGUCACAGCACUGUUGACCAAAUUUACCAAACUGUGUGAGUUCCCAAUGCUGGAAACCGGCCUGUUUUUCCUCCUAUCUUGGAGCGCCUUCCUGUCUGCUGAGGCUGCUGGCCUAACAGGGAUAGUCGCCGUUCUCUUCUGUGGAGUCACACAGGCACAUUAUACGUACAACAAUCUGUCGCUGGAUUCCAAAACCAGGACUAAACAGUUGUUUGAAUUUAUGAACUUCUUGGCUGAGAACGUCAUCUUCUGUUACAUGGGCCUGGCCAUGUUCACAUUCCAGAAUCAUAUCUUUAAUGCUCUUUUCAUACUUGGAGCCUUUCUAGCAAUUUUUGUAGCCAGAGCCUGCAACAUAUAUCCCCUCUCCUUCCUCCUGAAUCUGGGCCGGAAACGGAAGAUCCCCUGGAACUUCCAGCACAUGAUGAUGUUCUCAGGUUUGCGAGGAGCGAUCGCCUUUGCCUUAGCUAUUCGGAACACAGAAUCUCAGCCCAAACAAAUGAUGUUUUCCACCACGCUGCUCCUCGUGUUCUUCACAGUCUGGGUGUUUGGGGGAGGAACGACCCCCAUGCUGACUUGGCUUCAGAUCAGAGUGGGUGUGGACCUGGAUGAAGAUCGGAAGGAGGAGCCCUCCUCACACCAGGCAACAAAUGACUUGGAUAAAAGCACGACAAAAACGGAGAGUGCCUGGCUCUUCAGAAUGUGGUACAGCUUUGACCACAAAUACCUGAAACCGAUUUUAACCCACUCUGGUCCUCCAUUGACCACAACGUUACCUAAGUGGUGCGGCCCAAUUUCCAGACUGCUCACCAGUCCUCAGGCCUAUGGGGAGCAGCUAAAAGAGGAUGAUGGAGAAUGCAUCGUAAAUCAGGACGAGCUGGCCAUGAAUUUCCAGGAACAAGCCCCCUCACCUUGCAGUCCUCCCGCCAGGCUGGAUCUGGACCAGAAAGCUUCGCCCCAGACUCCGAGCAAGGAGAACAUCUAUGAGGGGGACCUGGGCCUAGGAGGCUAUGAACUUAAGCUCCAGCAAACUCCGGGUCAGUCCCAGCUGAACUAACGGGCAUGAACAGCGCCGAGGUGAUCGCAGGCCGUGCGAGGCUCGCGGAGGGAUACGAGCCGCUGGUGAGGCCGCGCAGAGGGAAGGCUGGAAGAUGUAUUGAGGGCAUAAAUUGGAGAGAUUCAAAACCUUGUCACAUGUAUCCUCUGGUGCCUGAAGAAAUGAGAAUUUAUUAUCAGCCCUCUAUAUCAUGCAACUGAAUUUAAGAUUUUGACAGCGCCAUUUUUAUUCAUGAACUUGGGGGUGGGGAGCGGAGAGGGGCAGGGGCGCCAGGAGUCUAGCUGCUGGAGGAUGAGACGGAUGUGCUUGUGUCUGCAGGGGGUUUCUUGUCUGUGGGCAGCUCUCCUUCACUCAGAUUUUGGAUUUUUAUUCCCUUCAUUAGGGAGAGUUUAAAAAUAAGAAAAAGAGUUUCUGAGCUUAAACGUGUGGCUCCUAAACUGAAGGGAAUGCCCAGUUGUUCAGAAAGUGAUAGGUUUUCUAUUUUUAGAACCUAGGCUCCCACUUGCUCUUAACGAAGUAGGGCUAUUUGCAGAGCCCGGAUACGUGCCCGACAGCACUGUUGACGCCUCACAGAACCCUUGGCUCGUGGGGACCUCCUGUUCUCCUCCGCAUCCUUUUCACACCGCUUUUCCCAUUGAGUGAAGGGGCUGGCUACAGCUGGGGUGCACUCUGCUCUAAACACGGUGCCACUUUCCGCCUCGCUAGGACCCCGUCCAGGGAAAGCUGGGUUCUCUUCCCAGUACCGUGUUUCACCUGAAUAAUGAGCCUUCCUGUCCUUGCAUUUGAGUCACUUCCUGGCUCUGCGGCAGGUGCCUCUGGGGGCUGCGAGGUGAUGAGAUCCCAUAGCACAGGGCACUCUCCCCCGGGCAGGAGCCGAGACCUGUCCUCCAAUCCUAACUUUCACGGCUGAAUAGCAGUGCAGGGCAGGACCGGGAAGAGCAGGGCUGAGGAUGUGUGGGGACCACACGGAGGAGGCAAGGACGCAGCAUCAGGACCACCUCCCCUUAUGCGGUGUGGCUCUUGGCCCUUGGAGGAGAGACCAACACAAUAGCUUUGAAUUCAGCUGCAUGACCUGUGCCUUUAAGCCAUUAAGAUACCUCAAGCCCAGCUUCUCUUGAAAUACAGAUGUAAUAUUAGACUCCAAAAAGCAGGCCCCACUCACGGGUGCCCAGGCUUUGAUGAGUCUGCGUCUGAGGGAGGCAAGAAUGGCGUCUUCCUGGGACCCAAAGCUUGGAAGUAACAUAUGCUUGCUGACCAGUUGUCAGGCUUUAAAUACAGACCAUGGUGGUGUCAGGCACGCCACUAUGCACACGGGUUCUCUUGCUUUCCAAACAGUAAAAUCCAGGGGCACAAACUGUUUUGUACUCAGCUAAGUAUAACUUGGCAUUCCAGGUAGAUAUGGCAAAUGGCAAAGCAUGAAGUUUUCUAAUUUGACUUAAUCCUAAUAAAAUUUUGUAAUACAGUAAGAUGGUGUUGGCCAGUGCUUUAUUUAGACAUCUUCUCUGUCCAUGCUAACUGGCAGUGCUAAGCCCUGACUCUCAAAGUGCCAGGAGAAGCAGACACCGAAAGGUGACAUCAGGGAGAUGCUGGGGUCCUCUGACCCAGGAAGAGCCGCAGGGGCUGCUCACCGAGUCCAUGACGAGUGAAGAGAGCGCACUGGGCUGGGCUAGGCUGGGUCAGGCAGAGGGAUGCAUCCCCUUCUUUCACAAUGCAGGGGACCAGAAAUCCAGAAGAGCUUCAAAAAUGAGGGAGGAGACUGUAGAGUAGAAAGAAGAAAAGGCAGAAGAGGAAGAUUCAUCUUAUUUCUGCCCUUAUCACAUGAAAGGAAGGGAUGAGAGCUCGGUGUUCUGUUUCUUUCCCUUGGCGUGGAGAAAGACACACCAGGGAAAGAGAUGGUCUCCCCAGACAGCGGGAGCAGAAGUGGAGAGAAGGGGAGAGAUACUACACACCAGAUGCAGGUGAGGUGGGGAGGGGAGGGGAAGGUACCCCGUCCACACCUGGAACCAACUCGCUAAGAGGACAGAGCACAAAUAGCCUCACGCCCCACUGGCAAAGCCCUCUUCCUGCUUGGGAAAAAAAAAAAAAUCUCUUUCCAGUUGAAUAUCAUGACCCACUACCAACAUGGAGCAUGACUGUUUGAUCUGGGCUGGACUGCUCACCUCAGCUGACUCCAGGUAAGAACGAUAUUGUGAGUUCAAGGAAAUUGGGUCCCACCCAAUGUGUGAGAGCAGGUUCCAGCUUCCAUAUGUAAUAAACAGAUUCCUUCCCUUUGAAUCAGCUCAAGACCCAAAUGGAGGCUACCCAGUGUCCCAGUUAGCAAUUCAUAAAAAUCAAAUUCCCUUGAUGCUACUGUUGUGAAGGAUAAUAAUUUAUGAUCUUAAGAAAUG